UGUAAAAUAACGUUACCGAGGGGUUUAUCACUCAUGUAAUAGUUGGGACAGCUGCAAAUGUAAUGUCCAUGCAAUGGUAUGUAAUCUCAGUACAAUACCAUGAAAUAUUCGUGUAAUAUCAUGCAAUAGUAGUGUAACGCCGUGUAAUACUGUGCGAUAGUUAUGUAAUACCCUGUAAUAGUCAUGCAAUAUCAUGCAAAUACCAUGUAAUAGUCGUGUAAUAUUAUGUAAUGGUGGUUGCAAUAGUCAUGAAAUACCAUGAAAUACCUGUGUAAUACAGCAUGUAAUAGUCAUGUAAUACCUGCGCGCGCAGUACCAAGCGCAUGCGCUUUACAGUGUUUACCGGAUUCGUGACAUAACCUUGAAAUUCGUAUUGGCAACUGUUUGUAUAACCUAUGGACCGUUAUUUCUCGACUUGAUUGUGUGAGUCUGCCGGCUACAACACGUGAAUGACGGAAAGGUACGUACUUAAUUUAAUCUGUCGCUUAGAUCUGGCAAAUAUUCAAUUAUUUCUUGCUGACCUGUACAAAAGUUACAGGCAAUUGAAUUUCAGCGGUUUUUGUUAUAUAAAUAUAAGUAAAUAUACCUUAGCAUGGGUGACGUGAUAUUGUUGUAAUUUCCGAUCCGUUGUAUUGCUUCUAAGUUUGCGUCAAUCCAAGAGAAAAGAAAGAAUAUGACCUAAUUUUUUUACCACCUACCAAUUUAUGAAAUGAAAAAUAAAAGAAAAAUCCUAACUGUCGCAUAGUGCAGGACAGAAUCAUCUACAAGUGCUCAAAAAUUGUGACACACUAUCAAUUAUUUCAAUUAAAUUCCAAAUAGAUUCAAUAAUUAUGCGUUUUUCAAUUGACUUCAUGAAAACAUACGAUUUCGUUGAAAGUUCUAAGAAAUCAGAUCUCUAUCAGUUUGUCCUGGUUCCUUACUCAUUGUUCAUUCCAGAAGUGUCACAAAUUGUACUAUAUUUUGGAAUCAAUCACUCUAGUUGACAUUCACAAUGUCAGCAGGUAACUGUGAUGUUUGAUCUAAAACUAGCUUGGAGUUAGGCAUGGAGGAAUCAGCGAGCAAGGCAGAAAAGGAGAGUAUGGCGAAGACCAUCGCUGGAAAUGUUAAAGAACAAAAGUUUUGGGUCGUAAUUAGGAAGGAACUUGGAGUUGAUCCACCGUUGUACCUGAAGCAUCUCCUCACCUGUCUGGGUUUCGAUUCAGCGGCCGCUCUGAAAAACCUUUCAAGCGAAGCCUUUCUAGAAAUGGAGAAAUUUGCCCAAACUGACAUGCUGGGAUUGUUAGGCGAAGAUGGUUACACAAAAUCAGACUUCUUCGGUAUCUACAGUAAUACACCUGAACAAUUCCGCAUACUACGAGGACAUAGGUUUUGCCUCUUCGAAAUUCAGAAGUAUAUUAUAGAAAAGGGGUUGAACCAUUUUGCUACGGCCGAACAGGAUAUUAAUGAAAAAUUAACUAACAUCAAAGCAAAAAAAGAAACCAAGGAAACGCUAAAAGCUGUAUCGGGAAAAAAAUCAGAUCCACAGUCACGAAAAUCACAGGACUUAUUGAGUGAAGAAGAUCAAUUAUACAUGCUCAUUAAAAAUUGGUUUUCUAAGCAACCAGAUGGUGAAGAAACCUUCAAAGAUUAUUUAGAAAGCCCUAAAAAUCGGUAUAUAGAGGUAUCUGUCAAAGAAGACGUUGACGAAGAAAUUACCUAUUCGGGGAAAAUAUCGUGUUGCCUGUGUAAAACUAAAAUUACCGCGCAUAAAGCCGAAUACGGGAAAUCAGUACCGAGGAAAACUCGUUGGGUAUGUCAAAAUUUUAUGAAGCACGUAAAGGAAAAACAUUUGACUUUGAACCCUGUGGAAAAUUCGAAGGAAAAUUUAUUUCCUCGCAAGCAUAACAAUAGCAAUAAAAUUGAUACAAAAUCGGGUCAGGCGGAAAAAAAUACAGCAAAUGUUCUCAAAAACGUCGUCGCUAACACUACAGCUUUUACUUCUAGUUGUAAAAAGGUUCAACCCGAGGUUCAACCACUUAUUACGGAUGUAUUCGAUAAAGGCACCAAUGACAAUGAUAACUGGAAUACAAAUGCUAGUUUGAGCGACAGUAUCGCAAACAAGAACCAGAAGCUCGGCCAAAAUUUACCAAGAAUUAUCGAAGACGUGAAAUUAGUCACACCCGUUGAAAUAAGAAGGGAUAUUAUUAAAAUUGAAAAAAGCAGGGGAAAAAGGCAUAUUACUAGAGAAAUUGAGAGUGAUGACGAAACGGAAGCGAAACCUACUAAACGGUCGAAAAAUCGAAUUGAAAGCGAUGAAGAACUCGAAGUAUCUGCACGUGACAAGCCAAAUGAUGAAUCGGAUGUUAGAUCACAAGCUGUGAUAGUUGAAAGUACAAAUGAUGAGUUACAGGGGGAAUUCAACCUCGGAAUAAUGUAAAAGGGGUUCUUUGUUCCGAGAAAAUUCUAUCAACCCCAUUGACUAGUAAUACCAAAAAUACUAAGACUAUAGAUACAAAAAGUUCCGACUGUGAAAAAAAAAUUAAAAAAGAUCUAAGAACUAGAAGUGACAAAUCCUACCGACAAAGAGUGAAGAGUAUUACUACAGAGAGAACGAUUCCAUAUUAUUUUCCAACAUUGAACGAAAUGGAAUUGCUGUUGAAAUAUAAUGCAGAAUUAAAGGAUUGCGUGAAAAAUUUAUUAGCACAAUCGGCAUCGAAAAAAUUAACGAAGUCUUGUCCAACAGUCAAUGAAAACAGUAAAAGUAACUUGUUAGUACGAAAAUUGAUGAGAAUUUCUGACAAACAAAGUCAGGCCGAAUCUUGCGGGAACAGAUACGAUUGCACAGUGAAAAAGUUUGCAUCGUAUAUUUUCAUGAUUGGUGGAAGAUUGUCGUACGAAACGUUAUGCGCGAACUUGCCUCUACCAUCCCCCUCAUCUGUCAGUCGGUAUUUGUUAGAAAACGGACCAGACAUCAUUGAAGGGCAGCUUCGAUUGCAGGAAUUGAAAAAUUACUUAAUCAAGGCCGACCUGCCUCUAGUCAUAUGGGUAAGCGAAGAUGCGACGCGUAUUACUGGCACCGUGCAAUAUGACCCAAAAACUAACCAAUUAAUUGGGUUGGUAUUACCAACAGAUAAAAAUGGAAUGCCUAAGUGCAAAUCUUUCAUGGCAACGUCACCAAAAGUAAUGGAAGAAACGAUGCAAAAUAUUCCAAUUGCUUCUUUGGCGUACACAAUUAUGGCACAGCCUUUACAAAAAAAUGCGGCGUCAUUUUGUCUGUGCAUAUUUGGAACCGACAAUAAAUUCACAGCCGAACACGUGCUUAACAGAUUCCAAUUUAUUUACGAACAAUGUCAGCAAUUCGGAAUAAGAGUAUUAGGAUUUUCUUCGGAUGGUGAUCCAAGAUUGUUAAAAGCGAUGAGGAUUGAAAGCCAAAUAGGUAUUUCGAAUCUUGAUUUACUCUUUGGUAAAGAAAAUUGGACAUGGUUCAACAGUGAAUUUUGCAGUGAGUACUUUGUUUGCCAGGAUACUGUACACAUUGGUACAAAGCUAAGAAAUCGCUUCAUCAAAAACUCAAUUGUUCUGCCGAUGGGAAACAAUAUAGCGACUGUUAGUCACCUGAAACUAUUGAUACAGUCACAAUCUAAAGACAAACACCAGAUAACUUAUUCUGACUUGGACCCAAAGGAUAAAAUGAAUUUCCCUUCUGUUCAAAAAAUAUGUCAAGAAAAUGUCAGAAAAUUACUCAAUGAUACAGUACCUGGCAGCGAAGGAACAUGUCAGUAUUUGAAAAUACUACAUAACACCGUAGUUUCAUACAUCGAUUCUGAAUUAACGCCGUUGGAAAGAAUAUUUAGCAUCUGGUAUUCUGUGUUUUGUUUAAGGAUGUGGCGUGCAUGGAUUUCGGCAAAUGACAGUUACACUUUGGGCAAAAAUUUUAUAACUUCCAACUGUUACACAUGCAUUGAAAUAAAUGCUCAUACGCUUAUUGACGUCAUCAUACGCCUGAGAGAUUCGGACCAACCAGAACUCUUCCUGCCAUCUUUAUAUAGUAGUCAACCAUGUGAAAGCUUUUUCCGACAAGUCCGUUCAAUGUCAUCCACGUACUCGACUAUUGUCAACUGCAGCAUGAUGGACAUCAUUCAUCGUCUCAAUAGAAUUCAAGUACAAAAUGAAAUCAUCAUCGAAGAGUCAGAAAAUAUUAUAUUUCCAAGAUUUAGGGAGAGAAAAAGUGUAAUCAAUGUCAACACAUAUCCACUACCUUCUAAUCAAGAAAUACAGAAAACCGUUGAAGACGCGAAAUGUCGAGCUAUUGAAGAUCUCGGGAACCUUGGUAUAUUUUUCAACAAUAUCUUAUGUACACUGCCUUUUUCUGCAAAGUCUAUUCAACUAGACUCAGACGACGAAUCUGACAGCGAAGAAAUCAGCGAGGAAACGGAGAGCGCAAAUGAAGACACUAUAUCUGCAGAACUUGAACAUGAUAUGAUUACGUUGCAGUCUGUAACAGGAACUUUGGAACUCAAAAAUUACUCCACCCAAACAGUUCAACUAAAUGAAACGAGUCCAUUUGCAGUCGUGCGUGAUUCGUCGCAAGCCGAAUACGUCGUUAGAAAAUCGUCCAUUUGUUGGCUGCUUAAUAAAACCAAGCACCGUUUAAGUAGCGACAGACUUCAGAGAGUACGAGAAAUCGAACUGCCGCAUUUGUCCAAGAAGGAAUCAGCUACUAGAUCAAAUACUGUCGAAGAGAAUCCGGAAAUAAGUAUAGGGACAUGGAUGCUUUUUAGAGAAGACACUGAGGCAGAAACGAAAUACAGAGUAGGCCUUGUUCUUGGAUUCGUCUAUCUAACUGGAAAAACAGACCCACAAAGAGAAUACUCCAGAUUAAGCGCUGACGUCAAUAAUGAAAGUAUUGGCGUACUAUGUACCUGGUAUAGAUUAAUAAGUUCUAGUCUCCGUCCGGCACCAGUGGGGUCACAUGAUUACAAAUGCAUUUCUGGAUAUAUGCGAACUUUACCAACACCACAGAUAGUUGAUGGGCAUAUUUUUUAUUCGGAUUUAGUUUUGAAACUAAUCCUCGAGAUUAUUCCUACAACUUCACUCCAAGGUAAAGAUGCAAAUAUCGGAAAUUUUGUGCUGAUCGAAUUUCUCACCAAAAAAACCAAAAAAUACUACAUCGGCGUUGUUAAAAGUAUCCAAUCAAGAGACAGAGAUUGCGAGGAAGAUUAUGAAGUCAAAUUCAUGCGAAAAGUGACGAAUUCGUCGAGCUCCAUAUUCGUUUUUCCAGAUGUGGACGAUACAAGUUAUGUAACAGGAGAUCAAAUAAAGCUAAUUCUGAGCAACCCGAAAAUUGACCGAAGACGUCAUCAUGUAUUCAGUGAUUCUGAUUUGUUAGAGUACGCUGUGAUUUAAAAGUUAAUUGAAGAUCGUCUCAAUUGCUAAAAAAUAUAUAUAAUUAUGUAUCGUUAACCUCUCCAGAGUACUAUUAGCAUAAAUAUACAGAGAAUAUUAUUAUAAUAUAUAAAUUAUGGUUGCGUUGAAUUAUUCUUUACUAUAUUUAAAGGUUGAUUUGCAAAUUUUAUUAUGAAAUUUAGAGGGUAAAAGAGGUUAUAAAAAAAUAGUUGCAAUAAACUAUUUAAUGUAAUUCAAGCAAGACUUCAGGGAUGCAAUUAAUGACAGUGAGACAAAAACCAUUGUUAAUAGGUAUACUGAGAAAUACUCAUCUUACAGUAAUAUAAUGUGUAUCUAUAUAAAUAUAUAAUAGUCAUGUAAUAGUCUUGUAAUAGUUGUAUAAUUAGUAUGCAAUAGUCAUGCAAUGGUCAUGUAAUUCAUGUAAUACUAUGUGUAAUACAUAUGCAAUACGUAUGUAAUACUUGUGCACUAUCUGUGGAAUACGUGCAAUACUUAUGGGAUACUUAUGCAAUACAUGCAAUACUAUUGUAAUCCCUAUGCCAUACAUGUAAUACCAGUGUAAUAACUAUGUAAUAUGUGAAAUACAUAUGCAAUGGUGUCAUACUUGGGACAGUCA